AUGGCCUCAGAAAACAAAAUCCUGAUCCUUGGACCAACAGGAGCAAUAGGAAGACACAUAGUUUGGGCAAGUAUUAAAGCAGGAAAUCCAACAUAUGCUUUGGUUAGGAAAACACCUGGCAAUGUUGACAAACCAAAGUUAAUCACAGCUGCUAAUCCUGAAACCAAGGAAGAACUUCUUGAGAAUUUUCAAGCUUCCGGAGUUAUUCUACUUGAAGGUGAUAUCAAUGAUCAUGAAACUCUUGUUAAAGCAAUCAAGCAAGUUGAUACUGUGAUCUGUGCUGCUGGUAGACUACUAAUUGAGGAUCAAGUUAAGAUCAUUAAAGCGAUUAAAGAAGCCGGAAACGUAAAGAGAUUCUUUCCAUCUGAGUUUGGACUAGAUGUGGAUCGUCACGAUGCGGUUGAUCCCGUGAGACAAGUUUUUGUAGAAAAGGCGGGUAUCCGAAGAGUAGUCGAAUCCGAAGGAGUUCCUUACACUUAUCUUUGCUGUCACGCCUUUACUGGUUACUUCUUACGUAACUUGGCUCAAUUCGACGCCAUUGAUCCUCCUCGCGACAAAGUUGUCAUUCUUGGAGAUGGAAACGUGAAAGGAGCAUAUGUGACUGAGGCUGAUGUCGGGACUUAUACCAUCAGAGCAGCAAAUGAUCCCAACACAUUGAACAAAGCUGUCCACAUAAGACUCCCUAACAAUUAUUUGACAGCAAAUGAGGUUAUGGCUCUAUGGGAGAAAAAGAUCGGAAAAACUCUCGAGAAAACAUAUGUUUCGGAAGAACAAGUUCUUAAAGACAUUAAAGAAUCUUCAUUCCCUCAUAACUAUCUUUUGGCAUUGUACCAUUCACAACAAAUAAAGGGAGAUGCAGUGUAUGAGAUUGACCCCGCCAAAGAUAUCGAAGCUUACGAUGCUUAUCCUGAUGUGAAAUACACAACUGCUGAUGAAUAUUUGAAUCAAUUUGUCUGA